AUGGAAGACAGAAAAGCGAAAAUAAUUGUUGUUCUAUCUGUGAUUACAGUGAUCAUUAUCAUAAUCAUUGCUCGAUUUUUUGUCGUCUCCAAGAUUUUCUUCCUAAUCUGUGGCGCUGGUGUUGCUGUGAUCUUUGCAAUCUUUGCUUUUGCAUUUAUCAGCUUAAGCCACAAACGCAGAAGGAGAAUAUUGGAAUCACAGUUGAAAUCAGAAAGUCGAGAGCUUCGAAUAGAGUACAGUUUCUUAAGAAAAGUUGCUGGGGUUCCAACAAAGUUCAGAUACAACGAGCUUGAAGAAGCAACGGAUGGAUUUCAAUCACUUAUUGGAAGAGGUUCAUCAGCUUCGGUUUUCAAAGGAAUUCUGAAUGAUGGAACUUCAGUUGCUGUGAAAAGAAUCCACGCAGAAGAAAGAGGAGAAAGAGAGUUUAAAUCAGAAGUUGCAGCAAUAGCUAGUGUUCAUCACGUGAAUCUUGUGAGACUUUUAGGGUAUUGUAAUUCUUCUUCAGCUCCUAGGUACCUUGUUUAUGAUUUUAUCUCAAAUGGGUCAUUGGAUUGUUGGAUUUUUCCCAAAAGAGAUUCUCAAAGGCGUCCGCGACGUAGCGGAUGUUUGUCGUGGAGCUUGAGAUAUAAAGUUGCAGUUGAUGUUGCUAAAGGACUUGCAUAUCUUCACCAUGAUUGUAGAUCAAGGAUCUUACACCUUGAUAUAAAGCCAGAAAAUAUACUAUUGGACGAGAGUUUUAGAGCACUUGUUUCCGAUUUCGGUCUAUCAAAACUUACUCCAAAAGACGAAAGCCAAGCCAUGUCUACAAUAAGAGGAACAAGAGGUUACAUGGCACCGGAAUGGCUUUUAGAAAAAGGUAUUUCAGAUAAAACAGAUGUAUAUAGCUACGGAAUGGUUUUACUAGAGAUUGUUGGAGGAAGAAAAAAUGUUUGUUUAGUGGAAGACGAAAAGUACAAGUCGAAAAGGAAAUGGCAAUAUUUUCCAAAGAUUGUAAAUGAGAAAGUGAAACAAGGGAAAAUAAUGGAAAUUGUUGAUGAUAGGUUAAUGGAAUAUGGUGGUGUUGACGAGAAUGAGGUGAUUAAAUUGGUGUAUGUUGCUUUAUGGUGUGUUCAAGAGAAGCCAAGGUUGAGACCUAGUAUGGCUAAAGUGGUAGACAUGCUUGAAGGUCGUGUUAUGGUGGAUCAACCACCUGCUACAAAAAUGAUUCUGGUUGAUUUUCUAUGUGACGACGAUGAUGAUAAUGUUGCUGAUAGCAGUAUUAAUAUAUCAAAGAUGGACUCUAAUAUGUCUAUACAAAGCAAUGUAGAAUGUAAUUCUUCUACCUAUUCAUUGUCCACUACUGUUUUUUCUGGAAGAUAG